ACUCCUCCAUAACCCAGAACACAGAAAGAGAAAGAGACUGAAGGAGUUGACUUACUAUCUAGCUAGCUACUAGUACUAGUAUACAGUAUUAUAGUUGAGGAGUGAGUUAGCUGUGUGUAUCUAUUUAUGCUCUGGCAGCUCUAUAGCUGCAUCAGUCAGUACAGUGUACAUGUAGGAUUGAAGUCAAAGUUCAAGGAUGCCAAGAGCAAGAAGAAGCAUACAAGAAUCAGAAUGGUUGAGACUACAUGUACAUGUAGUACUGGUAGUACUGUUUGUACAGGGAGUGUUGUUUGUGGUUGUGGAAGGUCAAGUGGAUGGUCUGGUCCAUACUGCCAAUGGCUAUGACAAUCUCAGGGGAAAUCAAGCCAUUUGCUGGAGUGCUCCAAGAUUUAGCAAUGCCACUGAUACCACCAGUACCACAACUACUAGUACACAGACACCUAUACUAGAUACCAAUGACCACAAUGAUGAAUCAAAAUUUCAAGGAAAACAGUGGCAAAAUAAAUUGGUUCCAGAUUUUAUUGCAGGACACACCACCAUGCUGCCCAGUUGUCCCACUGGUACAUCGCUGCAUUUGGAUCUACUCGAGGAUACAGCGUUUCAACAGUACUAUGGCAGUUCCAAGUUACGGACCCAUCACUAUUACACAUUCCAAUUCACACUCGAUGUGGACCUACAUUCCAUUCGCAGAGACUAUGGAUUGACCGACGCGGCCUUUUUGUACAGCGACAAGAGACAUCAAACAAACAAGAACCAAAAUAAUAAAAAGACAAACAACAACAAUAACAACAAUCCACUCAUUGCCAUUCAGUUGCAGUUCUGUCCCCUCUCGGGAAAUCUAUGCACCCCAUUUCUAUACAAGGAAGAAGCGGAAGCACCUCAACAAUUGGAGGGGAAAAUACAAACUGGGGGCGAUGAUGAUGUCGUAACGACAGAAGACGACUACGACCAAAGAGCAACCUCCCCAAGUACUACGGAUCAAGAUGACGUCACAUCUCAACAAGAGGACCAGCACAAUCACCAAAGACGGCUACGUAAUCACAAAAACAACCCCACACGACGAAACCUACAAGCGCUACUCACGGAAUCGCCGGCACCGACCGUGGCGGAACUAUUCGAUCGCAUCGAUCAAGCUUUGAAUCUUCUCGUGGAGGAGGAGGACGACAACGCUGACAAUAAUAAUGAUUCACUCCAUGUCUCUCGUGUACAGGCGCACUAUCACGACGAGUAUGGAUUCCCAGAGCAAAUUGUCAUUGACUAUCAAAAGCCACAAUCAUCCUCGCCAGCCAGGAUCUCCACCAAAGCUGUCAUUUCACUCAACGACGACGUGUAUCUUGCUACCAUUUCCAAUCUACGAAUCCUACGAGGAGGUCAGAGCGACGAGGAGGAAAUGUCUACAACUACCAGCAGCGCCAGCAACACGAUUUCCAUGAAUGGUUUGCCCAGUCAUCAUCUCCAACUGCUGAAACUGGCACAAGCAAAAGCCUUGUGGAAUGCAUCCGAAAUUGUCGAUUACACAUACAACUACAAUGUGCACUACGAUGGUCUGCCUGCUACGCUACAGCAGGACAAUGGCAGUAGUAGCAUCGUCAUCGAUCGACAAGACACACCCUAUCCAUGGCUUGUCACGGUGCACGACGGACUGGUGCGGACGGUCGUGGACGCCAACCACAAGACGCUCUUUCGUCGUGCCAACGAAACCAUCAUGAUGGACAAUCAUCACGAGACACCAGCAGACGGAGAUCACAACGACGAUUAUUGGCAAAUGCCUGAUCAUGACAACGACACUACGAGUCAUGCUUCCGAUCAUGCUGCAAACAGCAGCGCGGCUUUGGCGACAGUGCAGCAUCCUCACACCGAUGUGGAGCACACGAACCAGCACGCUGCCAAUAGUACAAUGGCGAUGUCACAUACAGGUGAUGAUGAACAGGACCACCAUUCGGAUGGACAUUUUCUGGACGAGGACGCCGUGUUUCGUAUCAACGCAGCCAAAGGGAGCAUCCGGCAUCAAGCGGGAGAACCCCAUUACGUCGAAGAACGAACCCGCGAUUUUGCCGCGGGGGCGUCUCCAAUAUUUUACAUUGAGGUGGACAAGUCCGCCAACAAAUCCAUCUUUCAGAUUCAUUACAAUAUCGACAUUCAAGUAAAACGACCGGGAGAUUACCUUCCCCUGGCAACGGUCAUGUUCUUUAUGCACAACGACACAACAACAACGAACCAAACCGACGGCACAACAGCCAUGGUCAAGUUUGAUGUCGCCAACCUGUUGAGUCUGCGCUCCAUUACCUAUUUUGCGCCAAUCACAAUCAAUGAGGUUACAAAAGGGGUUGCGAUCGCAACCUACGUCAUCAUUAGCAUUUGCGCCGCAGUUCAGAUAUUCUUUCUCAUCUGCACGAUUCGAUAUCGGAAUGACAAUGUGAUGAAACUGAGCCAAAUCACGCCAAUCAUGCUUUUGCAGCUCUCGACACUGGUGGCCAUCAUAGGCACGUUCUUUUACCGUCCCAUGAGCGACUGGUCGUGUAUCAUAACCCCCCCGUUGAAGUUCAUACCCUUGCAAGUAGUAUUCGCCAUCAUCUUUGGCCGGCUCAGGCGGAUAAUCACAAUCAUGGCACCAUUGAUGGAUUUGAAGGCAACCAAUGACAGCAGUGCUUUGAAGAAGGGCCUGAAAAACUGGACAACGGUCAUGAUGGGGGCGCCGAGUGGCAUUCGUCGAGUUUUCACAGAUUCGAAUGGGUAUUCAUCGCAGAUACCGAGUACCACUACAAACAGUGAGCACGGGGCCACUGAUACGGCGAACAACGACACCAACGAGCCAGAAACAAGAGGAACACGCAUCUCAUUGCAUGUCCACCCCAAAAAGGCGGCCAGACGACUUCGGCAGGAAUUCUCGGAAGGGCGGUUAUGGUGUUUGAUAUUCUUGGUGACAUUGCCGAUGCUCAUUGUCCAGAUUUUCGGCCUCGUGUUCUAUCCUACGAAACGCGUUUUGGUGUUGAACGAAGAGGAAAGCAUUGGCAGAUAUCAAUGCGGCGACAAAGCAAGCCUGCAGUUUGAAUUUGUUUCAUUGGGUGUUCUUUUCGUUACGAUCAUGGUGGAUCUGUACGAAGCUCAGAGCUCCAACUCUCUUCCUGCUUUCUUCAAUGAGUCCAAAGCUUUGAGCACCGGUGUGUUCCUGUCCCUCUUUGUCAUGGGCGUUUGUGUUGCGGUCAUUCUAGUGUCGAAGGAUCCGACAGGAGACCCAGACCUGCUGUUCAUGAUGGAAGUCUUGAUGGUGCUGUUCACUUCGUUGAAUAUUAGUAUUCGCUUGAUCUUACCAAAACUCAGGCUGAUCUGGAAAGGCGAAAAAGUCGUCGUUAGUAGAUUGUUGCAUGAACACAAGCAGAAGCAGAAAUCUAAGAAUGCAGGAGACCAAAAUACUGGCGGUCCCAUCAUUUCGGGGUUGAACGACUACGAAACACCGGUAGGGAACCUAGACGACCGCGACGAGUUCGGUCACGACAACCAGUUGAGUCCAGAGCCUCCUUCGGCUUGUGAACCGGAAGAAGCCAGGCCCGCGAGACGCAGACUCGUGGUGAAGCAGGGACAGGCCCCUCCGUCGAAACUAACGAUCCAACUUGUCCGUCACAGCAAUACUAUAAGCCGGAUCAACGAUAAAGUAUUGGCUGGGUUUCAAAUUCAGAGCAGCGAAUGGAUGGACGUGAAGGGGUCCGUGGACGAGUUUCAAUCUUUGUUGGAAACAGUUGACUUCCGCUAAGAGAGAGUUCGAGAGACAGACGGACCGAACGAUUCGAUUCCAUCGGAUCGCUGGACAUUUAUUCCACAGCGCUUUGUCAGGACUGGAUUGAACAAGACUACUAACUCCUCAACAGAUGGUGUUCAGUGUUUGCUACAAGUCCAUUAUGUGUAUACUCAAUGGCUUCUCUAUGUGGUCGGAUGCAAGGGUGCUGAUACCGUGCUCGUCGGCAGGACUGAGAUGGCAACGUUGAACCAAAUGAAGUUCUCGGCCAACACCAUUGGAUGUCGAACUAUCUUGAUUCUGCGCAAGAGAUGCGCUGCAAUGCCGAACCUUGGCAGCUGCUCCAGCACAAGUCGGGGCACACAGCAAUCAACUUGUGUUGUGUUUUGGUGCUGCAGCCCGGCCUUGCUUAUGCUGCCUUUGGCAUUUUUGGUGCUUCUGAUGCCUGGGCAGUCGUGCUGUCGUUGACACUGCAGGUAGAAUCGAAAUCAUGUUGGCUGAUAUCAUAGAUGCCGGCAAGCGCUGCUCUGGACGUUCUGGGGGACAGUUUGUGCAAUCGCUUUUUCGGUGACCUCCUCGGUGACAGCUGUGGCGACAGUGUGGCUUUGCUGCCAUUGAAGCUAUCCUCGAAUCCCAAGUUGUCAAUGCUGGUUCCAAAGAAACUGUCAUCAUAAAAGCUUGCAUAUCCAGCACAACUUGUUGCAAUGCUCUUGAAGCUGAGGUUGCCGGCGAGACUCUUGGAAUCGUUGAAAUUGAUACUCCUGUUGAAGCCAGCCUUGAUGGUGGGGUCGUCCAUGGUGCCGCUGUAACUUCUUAUGGACACGGUAGAUUCCUCUCCGGACGCGUGCUUACCAUUGUGUUCCGAUGCGGUUCUGGGGGUGGACAGCUCGCUCAGAUUGCGGACACAAUCAUACACCAGUUCAAGCCAGUCGGCUUCCUCCCACAGCCACCCACUUGCCACUUCCACCACGAAAUCUUCGUUGAGAGUCAGCGUCUGCCUGUUGAUUAGCUUACAUAGCACUUCGGGGAUCAAGAUAUCGAGAAUAUCACCCAGAGCGCCUCCAAAGCCAACGUGGUACACCUCAUCGUCCUCCUUGACAGAUUGAAGGAACUCGACUAUGUCUGUCAUGGCUGUUCCGCGUGGAAUCUUGACAUUGGCUUGCCAAGUCAAGACGUUGAUGAAGUCCGAUGAUCCACCCAAGUCAUGGGCAGUUUCUUCGUAAUCAUGUACCAUUUCAUCACGAAGGUCUUGCCACGUGGGGAAGGAAGCCAUGUCUACAACAUCGACAAAUCGAAAGCUUUCCCACGCCCGGCCACUCGUCGCGGCCAGCGCUUUGACGAGCGGAAACAAGCAUUGAUGGUUGCUCAUGACGAGAUCAUCAAACGUGACGUUAACAACCCUUUCAUCGUUCUUGACUUGGGUGAGUCCAUCCAGUACGUGCUCCUGCUUUUCAUCGCGCGAGCAAGUAAUUGUUUUUUCGUUGCUGGGGAAGCUCGAGUCGUCUUGGAUUCCACCAUCAGUCUGCUCGAAAAGACUGAAUGGCACCUCCUUGUCCAGAGCUUUCAUGGAAGAACCUCUUCUGAAGACAAUAUCGGAAGCAGGCAACAAAGUUAGGAACCAUGUGUGUGACUAUUACCUUCCUUUUGUCCCUCAAUAAAACUUACCGUGGACUAUUCAGCUGUAGCGGAGACUUCAUCCUCAAAGGCGACUUCAGCUUGAUUGGUGACUUCAGGAGGUCUGAUGUGUUGCUUUUCGUUGUUUAGCUGCUUUGAGUUGGCCCUAGCCGCAGUUUAUGAGAUUCUGGAGAGAGCUUUCGAGUGCCUGCAAGCAUCAUCUCGCUGGUGAAGAAUCCAUGGUGGUCAUCUUUCUCACUGGAGGACACCAGUUUGCGUUUCCUCUUUGCGCCGCAUCAGUGGUUUAUGGUGUGACUUUAGAUCGAGUUGUCAGAUGAUGUCAUAGAUAGAGUUCGUUGCGCAGACAUGAUGACUUCAGGGUGCGAACAAAGUAAACUCUUCUUAUUUCUUUGUCAUCCCAGUCAGUGAUAAAGAGAAGUGAAUAGAGCCAGUGAAGAACCCGUAAACAUUAUGUUUAUAGAGCCCUUGAACUUCGGUCACUUGGGGGGAUUCUUCUCACACGCAUUCUUUCACCAGUCAAAAUCUUUGAUCGGAUGGAGAUAUGGAGAUUUGGUCAUGGAAUGAUCCACGGCGCAGGAACCGGCACUCGAGAUGAACGUACAGCAAGCACUCCCUAGCUAGUUUUUGCAUUGUUGCAGCGACUGUCCACCUUGCCACAUCCAGCUAGUUAGGAAAGUUUUUGGGAACGCGUCUUCUGCGGUGAGCGGUGGUGCAGGAGGCCCCACACUAGAAGCUUGCAAUUGACGUUUGAAUUUCAGUCAGUUGAACGAUUCUCCUUACCGAAGGUUCCUACCCUCGUUCUUUUGGCUAUCUGCCUCUAGAAAAGAGGCUCAAAGCUCAGUUGCCAAAACAAAGUAGCAACUGAAGCUGUGGAUGGGCAUUUUCUAGUACGGGAAGGUAGCAGCUAUUCUGGGAAACUGGCUAGCCUACUACGAACUGCACUUUGCUUUCUGCCGUACCAGACGAAUGAACACCAAGCACUUUACCUCUAUUUUGAAAGCCACGAUUGAGUCAAUUACAGCCAUGUCGCCACGGUAGACGAAGAGAGCCGAGGCAGCGCGCAUUCGCAAGCCCGAGAUGAGAAACUGCGCGAACUUGCAGAGGACCAACAGAAGACGAGAGCAACAGCACUAAGCUGGUCUUGAAGGCUGCGAAAGCUCUGAUUGAAUUUCAGGCCAAUGCACGCAAAGAGCGUAAAACAGGUAUCUAUUAAUCUAUUUUAGGUUUGUGUUCUUGGUUUUCCUUCC